AUGGUUGAAAGACUGGAAACUGCUGGAGUUGUCAAGGACCUUGUUACUCUCACUGGAAAUAUCUUGAAUGCCAAUACCUUGAGAAAGAUGAAUCUUAUUAAGGUUAUUGGACAUGUUCCCCAACCUAUUCUAGGUGUCAGAAACAGAAGAGGACCUGUGCUAGCUGAGUUUGAAACGUUAUUUUUAAAUGAACAACCUGACAUUAAAGUUCAUUAUCUGAAUGUUGUCAAGAAAGGUAGUGUUAGAGAUGCUCCUGCUGGGAUCAGUCGUCAGAAAGCCUCAACUUCAAAGUCUGAAGCUUCAGAAGAUGUUUCAGAAGCUGCUCCAAAAGUUGCUGCCAACAAAGAAAGAAGAACAAAGCGAAAGGUUGAUCUUCCUUCUGUAAAUGAGGAGAACAAUAAUCAAGAAGAAGUUGCUGCAGAAGUUGAUGAGAAUGUUGUGGUAGAAGAAGUUGUUGCUAAAGAAAAUCUAGACGUUUUAGUUGAAAAUGAGAAUAUUCAACAAGAAGACGCUGAGAAAAAGAAGAAAAAUAAGAAGUCAAAGAAAGAAGAUGUUGAGAAGGAAGUAGAGAUGAAAAAGAAAAAUAAGAAGAAGAAAAAGAAACUUGUUGUAGUUGAAAAGAGGUCAGAAGAAGACGUGAAUAAGGAAGAAGAAGAAAAGGAAGCUUCCAGAAAGAGAGAACUUGCUCUAGAAAAGAUAAAGGUUGUUUAUGAGAAGAAGAAGCGAAAAGGACUUGAAGCUGAUUCUGAAGGGUCUCGGAAGAAAUCCAAAGAAUCUGUACCAACAGAAGUUCCUCAACCUUCUCAGCCAGAAAACCAACCACAAACAGCCCCUGUUGAACCUCCUCAAAUUACCAAAGUUCUCACCCCUCCUUCUUCACCUAUAACCAAUACUGCUUCUGACCAUCCCAUUGAUACACUCAAACCUAGAAAUCUCAGAAAGGUGCAAAUGGCUGCUUCUUCAUCCCAUAAAGCUGAUUCUUCAUCUCCUUCUCAACAACAUCAACAAGAAGAAGAAGAACUGUUCUAUACUCCACUCACUUGCACAAUUCCUUGGGAAGAUUUAGAGGUUAUCUGUAAGUUGAUAGUUGAUUUUGAUAAUCUAGAAGAACAUUAG